CGGGGCUCCUCUUUCCCCUUCCUCUACCCCUGCCGGGCACCCCUUCUGUGCCCUGGGGCACGUCCCUCGGGGUCUCCCUUCCUACGGGGCAGGGCGGGGGGCCAGGGUCUCUCUGCGUGCUUGGUGAUCCCCUUCUUCCUUUCCCCACCCCACUGGGGUCUCGGACGGGAGGCUUCCCCCUUCCCCUUUCUUUCUGGGGCUUGGGAAUGGGAACGGGGACGGGUCCCUUCAGUUUUCUUCUGGGCCCUUCCUUCUAAGCACUGAGAUACGCUUGGAGAUCCCCUGAUCUCCUGUGCCUGUCCCCCGUCCUUCCCGCCCGGGAUCCCUCUUCUCCCAGCCCUAGGAAAGGGGGUACAGAGGGGAGGAAUGAGGGUCCUCCGGAUUCCUGGACUUCAUCUCGCCUAGCAGUCUUCCAGCUGUGCCCCGAGGGUACAGAACAGUGGAGCAUGUGGGACCCCAAUGCAGGACAGCCUGGGAUGUGCCCUCCUGGGGGUCCUAUGUCCUCUUCAACUUCUGGGUACCCUGGGGUUACCAAUCCCAUCCAUCCACCACCAACCAAUCCAGCAUACCCUCCAGGUACCUUUCCUACCACACCUGGCAGUUUCCCAGGGAAUCCCAUUUAUCCUCCUGGCAAUGCUUUUGGCCCUGGGCAGCAGCCAGGGUACCAAGGCUGCCCACCUCAAAGUCCCUACCCACCCCCAAGUCCCUACCCACCCCCGGGUCAUUACCCACCUCCUGGCCCUGGUGUGCCUUCUGUGAAUCCCUUGGCCCCAGGAGUAAUGGGGCCAUGUAUAGUGAUGGAUAAGAAGCAGAGGAAGAAGAUGAAGAAGGCGCAUAAGAAAAUGCAUAAACAUCACAAACAUGGCAAGCAUUCUUCUUCCUCCUCCUCCUCUUCCAGCAGUGACUCUGACUGAAUCCUGGGCCCUCCUCCCCCCAAGUCACACCACCCCAGCUCUCCCAUCAAGCCUCGGACACCAUAUUGCGCUGGGGGAAGAUAGCCCUGCACUCCCAAUCUCAGCCCAACCCCCUUCACCCCUUUGCCCAAAUUGGGUGGUGAAGGUGAGGAAAGGAUCCGUUGGCCUGAGGAAAUCCACUUUCUUACCUACUAGAUUGAAUCAUUGUGGGGUAGGGGUGGGGAACAUGAUCUGAACUCCUUUCUGAAGAUGUAUGCCCUUUGAGCCAAAUGCUGAAGACUAUUUUAGGAUCUGGAAAAUGUGAUUUUAAAAAAUUUAUUGUAAUUUGUGUGGGAGAAGGGGAAGAAAGGGGGUGUGGCAUUAUCAUGAAAGUUGGUCUGGGUAUGGUAGUUUUAUGAUAAUGGAAUGUGGGAACUACAUUUCCCAGCAGACUGUGCAGUCUACUGAGCUCCACUGCCUUCUGGGAAAGAGAGUUCCUUUGAAUAGGAUAAUGUGGGUGCCAUUUUGCAACCUCAUUUCUUGGUGUGCUCUUUUCAUCCCAGUCAUUCUUGGGGUCUUACUCUGUUUCUCUCACUGUGCUUCCCAAUAAAGCUGUUUAUCCCAGUCUCCA